AUGAAUCCAUCUUCCAGAUUAGCUCCUGAUCUAUACCACUUAUGGAAUUUUGGAAACAGUUCAAGCUCAGAUCAGUCAGAAUUCAUCAGUUUGGCUUGUGGGUUGGUUCCGGAGCACGCAACUUAUACGGAGAAGUCCACGAAUAUAAUAUACACAUCAGAUGCAAAUUACAUCGACAGUGGACUGGCCGGAAGGAUCCGUGAUGAGUACAAACAGAACUUUCAGCAACAGACUUGGACACUAAGAAGCUUCCCUGAGGGUGCAAGAAACUGCUACAACUUCAACCUCACAGCUAACCGCAGAUAUCUGAUCUCCGGAUCCUUUAUUUAUGGGAACUAUGACGGUCAGAAUAAACUCCCAAGCUUUGAUCUCCACAUUGGUCCUAACAAAUGGAUUUCUGUUUCAAUCUCUGGGGUCGCAGAAGAUUUAUUCCAUGAGAUGAUCCAUGUCUUAACACAAGACCAUCUUCAAGUUUGUCUUGUUAAGACAGGAGAAACGACUCCGUUUAUUUCCUCCUUGGAACUUCGUCCGUUACACAACGAAACCUACGUCACGGAAAGCGGGUCAUUGAUUUCGGUCUCAAGAUUUUUCUUUGCACCCAUUGCAUCAUACAUCAGGUAUGCUGACGACAUCCACGACCGAGCAUGGAAUCCAUACUCAUUAGACGAGCAAAUGAUGUCAAUUAGCACGGACAAUGUGGUCGAUACAGAUAACUAUUACGAUGUGCCACAACGUGUGGCUAGGACUGCUGCUGUCCCUAAAAAUGCUAGUCAGCCUUUGACAUUAGAUUUGAGUCUCGACGAGACCAAUGCAGAGUCAUAUAUUUACAUGCAUUUCGCUGAAAUCCAGAAACUUGGAGCUAAUGAGAUUAGAGAAUUUAGCAUCACUUAUAAUGAUGACCAAGAAUUGUCCUCCUAUUUUAGGCCUUCAAAUUUGAGCAUAACAACUUUAUUCAGUCCAGCAGCUAUUAGUUCUGCAGAUGGGAACUUGAUUUUCACUUUUGCCAUGACCGGUAACUCAAGUCUUCCACCUCUUAUUAACGCCAUCGAGAUUUAUAAUGUUUUAGAUCUUCCAGAGCCCGAGACAGACCAAGAUGAAGUUUCUGCUAUGGUUAACAUCAAGAGAAAUUAUGAGUUGGAGAAAAAAGUUAGCUGGCAAGGAGAUCCAUGUGCUCCUAAGGCAUUUCGGUGGGAGGGUGUAAACUGCACUUAUCCAAAAUACGAGCCACAGGGGAUCAUAACCUUGAACUUGGCAGAGAACAAGUUGACUGGUAGCAUAACACCUGAAAUUACCAAGCUGACACAGUUGAUAGAACUGGAUUUAUCAAACAAUGAUCUAUCAGGAUCUAUUCCAGAUUUUUUGGCUGAUAUGAAGUCGUUGAAACUCAUAAACCUAAGUGGAAAUCCAAAGCUGAAUAGCACAAUUCCAGACUCUCUUCAGAAACGGUUAAAGAAUAAUUCUUUAAAACUAAUUUUGAGUGAAACUCCAAUAAAAGAGACCAAAAAGGUUCCAGUGAUUGCUAUCGCAGCGCCAAUGGCUGGAGUCUUCAUACUUUUUGUUAUCUUGGCUAUCUUACUCGUUGUUAGAAAGAAAAAAAGGGAAAAUACUGGGGGACCCCCAUCAAUCACUGCCGGUAGUGAGACACAGACACGGUCAUCCAAUCCAACAAUCAUAACAAAGGACAUCAGGGUUACGUAUUCCGAGGUAUUGAAGAUAACAAAUAACUUCCAGAGAGUUCUCGGGAAAGGAGGCUUUGGAACAGUGUAUCAUGGAAACUUAGAUGAUGCUCAAGUAGCUGUGAAAAUGCUCUCUCAUUCAUCAGCUCAAGGUUAUAAAGAAUUCAAAGCAGAGGUUGAACUUCUUUCAAGAGUUCAUCACAGACAUUUGGUGGGACUUGUUGGAUACUGUGAAGAUGGAGAUAACUUGGCUUUGAUUUAUGAAUACAUGGCAAAUGGAGACCUGAGGGAGCACAUGUCAGGAAAACGUGGAGGCAACAUACUAACAUGGGAAAACAGGAUGCAGAUAGCUGUAGAGGCAGCACAAGGAUUGGAGUAUCUGCACAAUGGAUGUAGGCCUCCUAUGGUCCAUAGAGAUGUGAAAACUACCAACAUUUUAUUGAAUGAGCGGUAUGAAGCAAGAUUAGCUGACUUUGGGCUCUCUAGAUCUUUCCCAAUCGAUGGCGAAUACCACGUGUCAACUGCUGUUGCGGGCACACCUGGUUACCUAGACCCCGAGUACCACAAGACAAACUCGCUUAGCGAGAAGAGCGACGUAUAUAGCUUUGGUAUAGUGUUGUUAGAGAUUAUCACAAACCAGCCUGUUAUAGAUAAAGAGCGGGAGAGACCUCACAUCAAUGAGUGGGCUGUGUUAAUGCUCACUAAGGGAGACAUCAGGAGCAUCAUUGACCCAAAACUAAUGGGGGACUAUGUCACGAACGGUGCGUGGAAGACUUUAGAGCUGGCUCUAGCUUGUGUGAACCCGUCUUCGAACAGGAGACCAACAAUGGCACACGUUGUGAUGGAGCUAAACCAGUGUGUGGCCUUAGAAAAUGCAAGGAAACAAGGUAGUGAAGAGAUGUCCUCGAGAGGUUCUGUCAACUUUAGUCUCUCUUCUGCUUCUGAAUUUAUCCCUGGAGCCAGAUAAAUUUGAGAGUUUCUCAAUUAAUGUUUGAACAAGCAAAUGUAAACUCUUAU